AUGGGCUUUACUCCUUCAAUUGCUAUUCUGUUUUUACUGAUUAUCGCCAGUUCGAUUGCAACUGGAUCAGCCCAAGAUGGUGAUGUAGUCGUACACGAAGGUAAAUGUCCGUCGCGUAAUCCACACAUUCAUUGUCGUCGUGUUUGUCGUCCACAAGAUUUAGUUCCACUUUGCAAUGGUGAUGGUGAUUGUGCAUCAACACAUAAAUGUUGUCGUCCGACAUGUUCAUGCAGAGUCCAAUGUGUUCCAGCUAUUACUGAAUCGGAUUAA